CAAGAUGAGCUGAGGAACUUUACUAUAUGUAUUGAAUCAUCUGUCCUGAAACAAACAAACAGCUUUCCUUUGUCUUUGUAGUUUCACAGAACGUUCUGCACGUCUGCUUUGACAGUAAGAAGCGAAGCCACAUGCAAGAGUCGAAGGCUGCGGUGGGUCGUUCUCUGCCCUUUGACCAACACUGAAGGUGUUUACUGAGAACAGCUUCAGAACAGGAUAUGCAGUGAUGUCAGGGGACGGGGACAAACCUGUUUAUAGUGAUGUCCUGGUAAACACCAGAGCUGAACCAAGUCAUGGUAGGUGUCAUCGUGCUUUCUCGGGUUCCAGUUGCCAUGUGGGAGGAGACCAGUGUGAGGGCAUCAAGCGCCACACAGCACACUGGUUUAGAUGGUGGUGAAAAGUCCCCAGCGAAGGUGAAAACUGAAAAUGAUUUUUCUUCAACGUCUCAUAAAACCUGUCGUUUCAGCUGCGGGUGACACUGUUUAGGUUGAUGUUACUUAACUUCAGAGCUGGACUGGACUCACAUGCUGUAAAACCAACAGGCCACUGACAGUCACCAAACAACAGAGUGAAGCCAAAAAUGAAUCAAAAAAUACAACUGAACGCAACUUAUACGAUGUUCACCUGAUGUAAGUGUGGACGUUGGUCCCUGCCUUGCAGCUCUGGUUUCGUUUUCUACACUCAGUGUAAUUGGUUUUAAAACUUUGGGUUCUGUACUUGAUGAAAAGAUGGUAAAUGUGCAUAAACAAUAAUGUAAAAAACAUAAAAAGUCGAACUAAUAGCGUGUGUGAGAUUGAAGGCUUAUUUUUUACUUACUGAAAUCACAGAAACAGAAAACAAACAUUUUCGAUAACGCCUUGAAAUAGUGACUAAGGUGUUAAGCAAAUGCAGCGUCAUUCACUGACUGGAGUCAAUGUUAAACGUUGAAAACCCUCCAAGGGGAAACAGCAGCACAGGAUUCACAUACUUUCUGCUACUGUAUGGUUGUUACUGUAGCUUAGAAGGUGGGUGGAUUUCCGCUGGUGUGGUGAGAGGAGGACAAUCAGGUCUCUGUGAAACAGGUCCCUCCCAUUUUAUAUGAUCAUAUUUAGGUGAAUCGGCUCAAAGUUCUGACAUCAACUGCAAUCUGAACCCUCAGAAUGAUGAUCGUAGUCUGUUUAGUGCUGAUGCUCCCAGUUGGACGUGAGUAUUGAGAACGGUCACAUUUUACACCAGUCGAUGUAUUUUAGCAGUUUAAUCAGUCGGUCGUUCAAAUAUAUAUGAGUUAAUGAUCUGUUUUGUUUGUCCUGAUGCACAGACAACCAGGAAUUAGUGACAGCGGUCGUUGGAGUUGGAGAGGAUGUGACUCUCACAUGUACCUACGACAUUACUAAGAACAUCGAAACCUAUUUUUGGAUAAAGCUCUUUGGAAACAUGCCGGUCGUCUUGGGCAAAGCAAACAGCUUUGACUAUUCUGAGGAUGGGGAUGUGUCUCGCAUCACAACCAAACAGGAGCCUGGAAGGUUUUCACUGAUUAUUCCAAAGACCGAAAUGAGUGACACUGGAUUUUAUUACUGCUUAAAAUCACAUAAUUACAAAAUCACAUUUAUUAAUGGAACAUUUCUGAGAAUUAAAGGGUCAGGUCCACAUGUCGCUGUGAUCAUUCAGGAUCCAGUUGAUCCAGCUCACGUUGGAGACUCAGUGACUCUCCAGUGUUCUGUCCUCUUUGACAAACAGAAGCAAACGUGUGUGGAGGAUCCCAGUGUUUACUGGUUCAGGGUCGGAUUAGAUGAGGCCGAUUCCAGUCUGGUUUACGCUCAUGGAAACAGCAGAGAUCAGUGUGAGCGGAGUCCUGUUGCUGCUUCACCUCAGAAAUGUGUCUACAGCUUCUCUAGGAACGUGACCCGGUCUGACGCUGGGACUUAUCACUGCGCUGUGGCCACGUGUGGAGAGGUUUUAUUUGGAAAUGGAACAAAGCUGGACAUAGACGUCGUCAGCAGCUGUGACUCACACAGAGACAACACGGUUGUGUUUCUGCUGUGUGUCGCUUUGGCUACAGGUCUCAUUGUUAUAAUCGGCCUCGUUUGUGCCGUCAUCAAUACCUCUACACAUUGUUGCAAAGCAACAAGUUGUAAUGAGCAUAGCCAUGAGAGAAGAAAUGAGGACACGUUGGUUUAUUCUACAGUCAGGACAACAGGAGGCAACAGAAGGAAAGCAGCCGUGACAGAAGAUACGGUUUAUACGGACGUCAGGGCUUUUGUCAUUAAUUGAACUUCAGUGUUUGCUUCACUAUUACAUUUUAAUGUAAUGGUUAUGAAAUCCAGGACAUACUGUUCAUUAUAUUGAGCCAAUGUUUAAUAUGCAUUUUGUAAUUCAAUAUAUGGAUUACAUACUAGUUGUUAGCAAAUGCUGGUUGAUAGAUUUGACUACUGUUAGUUCAUAAAACAAUAAAAGAAUCAUUUUCUUUUUGAUUUCUGAAUGAAAAACAUUGUCAUUUUGUUUUUCUUUCU